CGUUGUUGGACUUCAAGGUCAAGUUGACUUGUAGGUCAAGUAAACGUAGUAUUGGGAUUUUUGGCCCCAUGCUAGAGUUUCAGUCUUCAGGACACCAUAUGGGAUCUGUCCUCUUAGAAGGUCAUAUCUCUGAUAAUGGACAAUGUACUGGAGACAAUUUGACGUUACUUGACGAACCAAUUCGUGAUACAAUUUUUAGAUCAGCUCGCGCUGUUGGUCAAAAGUUUUCUUACGUCUUAGUUCCACGACAAGGACAGGGGUUGUUGAAAGAAUGGGAUUUGUGGGGUCCGUUAGUGUUGUGUCUUAUCAUGUCAGCGCUCUUGCAUAGUAGCUCAAACUCAGAAAGUUCCGGACAUGGCGGACCGGAGUUUGCCCAGGUCUUCAUUAUUUUCUGGCUGGGUUCAGCAGUUGUGACUUUGAAUUCUAAAUUACUCGGUGGUGCAGUGUCAUUCCUACAAACCGUAUGCGUUUUGGGGUAUUGUAUUUUGCCUCUUGUUAUUGGUUUGGUUAUAUGUCGAUUACUGUUGCUUGCAAGUUCUAAUUCUGUGUUUGUUUUUAUCAUACGAUUAUUCACUGUUAUUUGUGGGUUGGUUUAUUCAUCUUAUGCAUCCUUUAUUUUUGUCCAUCCUGCAUUGCCAAAAAAUCGUGUUGCUCUAUCUGUAUAUCCAAUAGUUUUAUUUUAUGUAUUUCUUUCAUGGCUUGUAAUAUCAGUUACGUAAUUUUUCGAGAUUAUGAUCUUCAUCUGAUUUUGCAAUUUUUCUAAUAUUGUAUACUUCUGUUCAGCAACAUCUAUUGUGAUAUUACUGAUGAGAAAAUAUUACUUUGUACAUUACUAUCUGUUACUAAUCUUUUAAAACUCUUAUUCUUAUAUAACCUGUCUUUUAUGGUGUUUUGUCAACUUAUAGACCAAUCGCUUGUUAAACACACUCAUCGGGUAAUCUCUGUUACAUUUGUCUGAAUACAAAUAUUUGUUAGUAUUUUCUAUCUGCGACAAAUAGCAUUCCUAACGUUUGGAGUUAUUGUUUUCACUGUUUCAUUUAAACUCUAAAUCGCAUUAGUCGUGGUUGGUUUAUUGAGUACUUAUUAUUAUUUCGUUAAAACUAAAUGUUUGUAAAUCAAUAUAGGUCUUUGGACACCAAGAUUCUAUAUUUCCUCUGCAAGUAUGUAACUUGUGGGACAGUUUUACUUAUGUAAUCGAAACCUCUGUUAUUAGCCAUCAAAGUCUAUUCGUUCAUGUUGCAGCUGACUUGACGUACGCCCAGAUCUUACAUGGGUAAUAACAUCAUGCCAUGGUUAAAAGUGAUGACCAAAAUUGUGUGUGUUUGUCACACUGAAGUUUCUCUGAAAAUAAUCCUGAGCAAUUCAUUGAAAGCAUUGAAACCAACGGUCCAGAGUUUAUUUUGAUGUCAACACUUAGGUCUCCAUCACGACUGAUAAUCAGAAUGUGACAUUAAUCUCCAUCAAACUACUGGUUGUUGUAUUAUUCUGUUAUGUAGUUACCCAUCUCUUUGAACCC